UCACCGGUGAUGAAGCAUAUGACACUAUUGAUCAAGCUGUAUGAUGAAAGCAAAAUGACAAUGAGCGAAAAAAUAUGUUCAAAGAACUUGCGUUGCAAGUGCUUAUAUCCAGUUUUGUUUCUGUAAAAAAGAAAUGUUUGUUAUGAAGAAUGACUGUGCACGGAUUAAAAGCGUUGAAGUUAGUUUUCCUCUGUUCUGUGGUUGUAUCUUCCGUCCAGGUGUUGCUCUAUAGAACUAUUGUUUUAAAUGCGAAAUAUUCGCAAGAAACAAGAUAUCCUUGGAAACUGGAAACAAGAGACACUGAAAAUGAAGCUUUUUCACAAGAAAACGCUCGUGUUGCAGUCAAUGCAUCAGAUAUAUUGCAAGAAAAGACACCGACAACGCGUGUGGAUGUACACUUCGAAGGGGACGCCAGGGUAUGCAACUUACACGUUGAAAUGUCCGAAUAUCACCGAUUUGUUGAAAUGACUUCUAAUCUAUCGGACUGGUCAUAUAAUAAGAGACUGACCUGUCCCAAGUUGAAUAUAAAGAACAGAAUAAACACUACCCGCAUGAAAUUGGUAGUAAGAUGUCAUAAAGAUGUGGUGUUUGCAAACCUCAAACCUACAAACUCAACAGACGAUAUUCAAAAAGUUCAACCGGGGGACAAUUGUUUGAGAAUGUUUGUCCAAAAGUGUUGUUUGGAUUCGCUUCCCGUGCCAAAUGUUGUUCAUUAUGUCUGGUUUAAUAAGAAGGAACUUUCUUUCUUUGAAUUUGUAAGUUUCAUGUCAACGUUGCGUUUUGUGCGUCCGUGCGCUAUUUUCAUUCAUGGUGAUAUGCUUCCUUCCGGAAACUACUGGAAUUUCAUUGUUAAUAUGUAUCCGAAUAUUGUGCACGUUGUGCGCAUGGUGAAAGCAACAUUGUUUGGCAGGAAAGUCCAAUACGUGGAACAUAAUGGAGAUAUCUGGAGAAUAAAAGCACUGCAAAGAUUCGGUGGAAUUUAUAUGGACACCGACACAUUAUUAGUGAAACCAAUUGAACCGCUUCGCAAAUAUCCAUGCACAUUGUCCCGCCAAACUAAAAAUAGGACUGUAUCUUCUGCGUUCAUUAUGUCGGAAAGGAAUGCGACUUUUAUACGUGAAUGGUACGAGUGGUAUACCAUUUACUAUGUCAAUGAUAGCUAUACAUAUAACGCUAUGAUGUACCCCAGUUAUCUAGCUAACCGGAGACCUGAAACUAUCCACAUUGAGUAUGGAACGAUCUCGAGGCCGGAUGAACAGCUUCGAGAUGUUAUAUUCAACACGAAUACAGACUGGUCAAAUAUUUAUGGGAUGCAUCUUUUCGUCAGAUCCUAUAUAAAGUACUCGAAAUUUGUCGAUGAAAACAACGUCAAGAAUUUUAAUACGACUGUUGGUGCAAUUUGUAGACAUAUUCUCUUUGGAAACAAACAGCUAUGUACUUAGAAGCACCAAUAAGUUUGCAAGGGUGUAUGAAACAUGUGAGUACAUUGUACAUAAAGAAAAGGGGAAAAAAUAAUUUACAACGAAUGAUAAGAAAAGGUAUCCACGCGUCAAGAAGCCUUCCGAAUCAAGAUUUGUUUUGCUCAAACAACAUUUUAUGCAUUUUAAUACGACAAUGUGUAACGGUUUAUGCUUCUAUAUUUUACAAUAACAUACAGUGGUAACUGCAGGCCCUGUCUUACAAGCUUCAAUCCAUUCUUUUUCUUCAGUUGUAACUAACACAACGGCAGUCUUUAUAGAAAAUGAAAAUGUUAUUCUACUGUGACGGUUUAGGACAGCAGUAGAUUUAUUAUUACCGACAUUUUUCUACCUGGUAAAUUUUAACAAACUAUGAUGGGCAUUUCAACGAAACUAAAGUAGUGCCAGUUACACAAAGUAUAAGAAAUACUGAAGAAAAAAGUAUUUCUUCUCGCGGGCAAAAGGAAAGUCACGAUCAAUCGGUUGGCAAAUUAUUUUGUUCAUUUCUCACAGAUCUAUACAAUCUGUUACAAGUAACACAUUGAAACAGAUACUCUUUGUAGUUUUUUAAUCGGUUACACAAGAUCUCGAUAUAUAAAGUGCACAUGUGACUUUAUACUUCAAAUAUACAAAGAUGGCCCUAAUUAGCAUUUGAUAUUGAUUCUGAGACUAGAAUAUGGAAGGCCGAUGCGCCAUGCUAAUUGACAAAUGCUUAAGCCUAAAUGAUUAAUGUUGCAUGUCAAAUUCUUAGUACUAAAUGCCAAAAGUAGAAUAUUUAAUGCUAUUUCCAAAUGAUAAAUGCUGACUGUCAAAUCCUUUAAGGAUCUGUAUGUCUUAAAUUGAUAACAGAAUUUUCAAUUACUUGAAAACAUACAAUGUUCACCACAAUAGCGUGCUCCAGAUGUCAUGCGUCUAGUGGACCGAAAUUGCUUUCUUUGAAAUGUUUUACAUCUUACAUCUGUUGUUGGGGUUGCAAGACAUCAGUCUUCUAUAACCCCCUCAUGGAUUUGUACCCAGUUCUGUUCCGGAUGGGUGGAAUACUUUGCAUUUCCCAUGUAGGUAUCGAGUCUAUUCUUGAAACUGUUGAUCGAUGGUGCACUAACAAUAAUGUUUGGGAGUCCAUUCCGUUCAGAAAUAACCCGCACCGAGAAGAAGUGUUUCCUAAUUUCUUUUUUUCAAUUUAAAGUAUUUUUUUCUAAACAUUUCAAAGAAAACAAUUUCGGUCCAACAGACAAUUACCAGUAAAUUUAUGUAAAGAAGCCCAGUAACAACAAAAAGGAUGUGCUCAUUUGUUGUUUAAGUUAGCUGUUUCAAGAAGCAUUUUACUUUAGUUGUUCCAUAUUUUGCAAUUAACAUUUCCCAUGUAACAACUGAUAUUUGACAUUAAGCAUGGCGGAUCGAUCUUCAAUAAGAAUACAGUACAAGAUGAAAUAAGGAUAGAAUUGUGCAAUAAAUCAGAGUUAUCUUACGGUCAUUUUACCCUAACGCUGCUAAAUUUUUAAAAUGGAUUGGUCCGUCAUUCAAUUUGGACAGUACCAUUCAUUAACAAAAGGGGCGUUCACUGAAAAUUUACUGACUGAAUAACGAACAGUGCAGACCAAGAUCAGCCUGCACGGAUGUGGAUGUGCAGGCUGAUCUUGGUCUGCAUUGGUCGCAAGGCAAAAUUAAUUGCCGCCAGCAGGCUAAAGUACCGUUUCUAGGUCUAACUUCACUAUCAGUAUUUGAAAAACUAUAGCCACAUCGUUUAUAUGUGCAUGUUCAUAUCUGUAAAUUGGGUAUAAUUAGUAUGGUAAUGAUUUUAGAGUUGUAAUAGUUUGCUCGUACCUGAAAAAUCCCUGCACAAACGAAAAAGAUUAACAUUCUGUGAAGAAUGCCUGAUCAUAAUAUGGAGAUAAUUUAGUUUUUCGUACGACAGAUGUUCGCAAGGAUAAGGCCCAUUUUAGAUAGAUGUACUAGAUCAACUGUUAUAUAUACUAGAAAUUGUCAUAAAUUGCCAUAAUAAAGUAUAUUUUAAUCCAUCUUG